UACUGGUCUCCAAACCAAGCCUCCACAGUACUUCACAACAACGCUCAGAACCCUAAUCUUGUAGAGCGGAUUAAACAUCGCUAAACGGAUUAAACAUCACUUAAAGGUAAGAAAGGGAAAAUGCUCGUAUAUGUCUGUCUCAAGUAACUUGACCGCACAGACACCGGCCCGGUGAGGUGGGCACAUGGCCUCGCCCCCGACAUCAGGACGCCACGUUUCCGCCGGCGAUAUUGGCAUGUCUGUACCUCUAAUACCCUCCACAAUGUCCAAAAUAUAUUUCAUUGACAGAUAGGGCAUUACUAUUUAGAGACAGAGACUUUAAACACACAGAAAUCAUCAAAAAGCCAUGAGAGCUGCUCACCUAUCUGUCGUCCUCACACUUCGGCCGCCAUAUUCACCUUCACGGCGCAUGACAAUCAUGAGACGAACCAAUCACAGCACUCGUUACAAGACUAUCCGCUGGUGGGGAGAGUUGCAAGGGCCUGGCGAGCUGAAGCGUGGGGUUAUUUAACGUAAUUAUUGCCCAGACCGCUGACAGAAGUCAGUCAGAAUUGUGUUGAAGGAUAUUAGAAAUGAACUGUUGACUGUCUUGUCGUCGAUUCAAUUAAUACUUUCCGACGAAACCAAGUCCCAGAAAGCCGGCCAGAUGAUGACAUCACAGACCAGCCCCCACCGCAGACGAAUCACAGACAUUGUUACAUUCGCUAUUGGCUUCAACAAAAUGGCGGGAGUUUCGAAGUGUUCGAUUUUAGCAGAGGUCAGCAGGGAGAAAGUGAAAUAUGCAGAGAAUCUGGACCCCUGCCCAGUCACCUCCCGACCCCGCUGAGAUUCAGGUCCGAUGUCCUGAAGCCAGUAUCAUCCUGUCGGUCUUGAGGAGAGCCCAAAGGAGACGUCCAGAUGGAAGAGAUUACUAUAGAUGCUUGUACACCAAGAAAUUUGGUGCCCCACCAGAUGCCUCAGUAUCUGGCAGCAGCCAGAGCACCACCGAUUUUUCUCAGGCCACUGGCACCCAGAUGUCCACAUUGAUGGAAAGAUGUACAUCACACGGUCCUUUGAUUUCAACUGAACCUAGCUGGAAAGGAAUCGGUUACAGUGAUACAAAACAUAACAUCACAGCGAUGUCAUCAGCUCUUUCCAGUCACAUCAGCUCUCAGCCUGAAAUACCUGGUCACUUUCCUCAGUCAAUUACCCACAUUGGUGCACCAAUGCGUCUGAAUGUAGCUGAUGUUAUUCCCUCCAGUACAUUGCCAAGUGAACUUAGCAAUGCUUCAGGGCAUGAAGCUCCUGAAACUGAUUUGUACCCAUUCAAUAAAUUGGCUGAUCACAAAUUAAAUGGUACUACAGAUCAUGGUCCACUUUGUGCAAAAGGGGCAAGCAAUGCAUCACUUUCUCAAGAGGAUGAAGCAAGUGAACCAUCCCUACUUAGCUCCCAGAUCGAUCUCUUUCUGAGCCCGUCUUCCACACCGGCUAUGGAAGGUAAGAUGCCACACCUGACAAAUCUGCAGCAAGCUGCAGAAGAGGAGAACUUUUCUGAAACUGCCAGUGUAGAACUGGUAGAUGCAGAUAGAGAGACAGGAGAAUGUAGUCCUCUAUUUGAGAGUUCACCCAGUCACUAUGACAAUGAUGACAAGAAAGAAAACAAGACUACCUCUAAUACAGAUCCUCCACUAUUGGGUGAUGGUGAUUCACAAAGCUCCACAGCUACAGCUAAAGAAAGUAUUGGAAGUCAGAAAACUUUGAAGGAUGGUGUUGAACCGGUUGAAAUGAGAUAUACAGAAAUCUGUGAAGGUCAUGAAGGGGAUAUAAUGUCAAAAGAAAUACACGAUACUAGUAUUGACAAACAGCCUAUGCAGUUGCAACUCACCAAGGACACUACAAUGUCAUCAAAACCCAUGUUAGAAGAGAGUAUGGAUAUGAGUGAACAGAGUUCAUUUUCUCUUGUGAAACAGUCAGAGGGCAACAAAAAUAUUACAGCACAGUCUCCAUCUUCUUUGGAAGGGAUAGAGGAAGAUCUUUCAUUUGACAUUGGCUGUUUGGUCGAUAGAGAUAUCAUGGAAAAUUUUCCUCCAGGAAUCUCACAAGAAUCACAGUCAACCACUGAUCUCCUUUUAUGUCAGAUGAUGCCUCAAUCUCAAGACAAAGGUGAUAUUUCAGAAUGUUUACCCAAGGAACAAACCCAACAAACAGGUACGUCUGUCAUUGAGGAGCCUGAGACAAAAACAAAUGCUGAUGCAAUCCAGAGAGAAAGAGAGCCAAACAUCACUAAAAAUCUAUCUUCAAGUCCUUGUAAAGUAAAAAACAAGGCUAGGGAACCAAGUGAACGUUUUCGUAAGACUGGAGCUGAUAAGAAUGAAAACAAAUCUCAAGUCAAAGAGAGCAGUACACCAAAUUGUUCUCAUGACAGGAUCCUUGCCCAAGCUCCUGGUUCAGCCAUACACAAGAAACUCUUAUCAUCAACACCCAGCUCAUUAUCAGUGAUAAUGAUUGGGGACAACAGAAGUGACACACCUGGAUUGGAUGCAUCCUUUACCACAGAUUUUGGAAAGAGACAAGAUAAAGAGAAAGUUACUCCCAAAUCUGUGUCUCUAACUGAGACACCAAAACAGCACAAUCAGCGCUGUAAAAAUAAACUUUCCACAGACAUUCACACUGAGCCAUCGAUGGAAGGCAAGAGAGCAACACCUGGCUCAGCUAUUCAGACGAAGCUACAGUUGUGGACCAAAGCAGACAGAUCUGAUGCAACUCCACACAUCAAAAGGACUUCAAAACCUAGCACCAGUUCAGAGGAACCACCAGCAAAGAGGCAGCUAUAUUCCGCACCGGCACCACACAUCAACAAGAGAACAUUCAUCGCACCUUUUAAGGGGGAAGGAAAGCAGCCAAAGAAGGAAAAAACACAACAAGCUAAGGAAACCAAGUGUACAAUGAUAGAUGUAUCCAGAAUAUCCCAGUGUGAGAGACAGCAGGCUGUGACUGACAUGUUGGGGGUAAGGGAGGUCAGCAUGGCCUUGGUGUAUGGUGACGGCACAUCGCAGCUCAGGGAACCCACCACCAAGGGCAUCCCCAAGGACAGCGACAAUAAGGCAGUGGGCAUUGCUGUUGCUUUUCCCAGACCCUCCUCUGGAGCUGUACAGGCUUGUAGUGGACAAGCCAAGAGAAUCAGGCAGCUACAGUUCAUGAUGUUUCCAGUUAACAUGGAGGAGCAGGACUAUACAACAUACUGCAGAGAGAUGCUGACACAGCUGAUGACAAGCAAAGUCAGCAAAGUGUGCUUGGAUGCCCAGGAACUGAUCCUGACCAUGAUCUCUCACUUUUCACUGGACAUCACCUCAGUGUAUAACUGGAGCAUGGUAGACCCCAAGGUUGCCGGAUGGCUGCUGAAUCCUGACCACCCUCCCAACACAUUCACUGAAGUGGUGAAAAUGCUGUGGAAAGAUAAUCAUCAAGAAUGUGAUCAAGAUGCCGAUGCUACUACUCUUCUGUGCCAGGACUUGAGCCAGCUGUUAGAUGUAAUGGAGCUGCUUAGAAGGAGGCUCAUGGACUGUGACCUACUGGACCUGUACCUCAAUGUUGAGAUGAAGCUAACACCUAUUCUGGCAGGCAUGGAAUAUCAUGGAAUCUGUGUCGAUCCACAGCGUCUAAUCAACAUGGGUGACAUUUUGAAGAAGAGGAUUGGUAUGGUGGAGUCUGAUGCUUACAAAUCAGCUGGUCAUCGCUUUCUACUCAGUAGUCAUGUGCAGCUGAGAACAGUGUUGUUUGAUGAGCUCCACCUUGAUGAGAAGUGUGAGAACAGACAGAAACUGGCCAGAACCAGUGUCAACAAUCUGAAGUCUACCUCAGAGUCUGUGCUGGUGAAGCUUCAACAUCUACAUCCCCUUCCAAAGUUGGUCUUGGAGUACAGAAAGCUGGAGAAAAUGAAGUCCACCUAUGUUGAUGGCAUUCUGGCAUGCAUUAAGGAGGGAAAGUUGACUGCCACCUGGGAUCACACUUCAGCAGCUACAGGAAGGCUAACCUCUGCCAACCCUAACAUCCAGUCUGUACCAAAACAGCCACUUGAGAUUACAGAGGCAUCCAACAAACAACCAGCAGAAGGUGACAAACAUGAAACAACAAGUUUGUGUGCCAGGGAACCGUACAUUGCCAGAGAAGGAUGCUCAUUUCUAGCAGCAGAUUUCCAGUCCAUAGAGUUCCGCUUGCUGGCACACUUCUCAAAGGACCCUUCCUUGCUGAAGGUGUUUCAGGGAGACGACAAGAAGGAUGUAUUUGUGGAACUCACUUCUCAGUGGAUGAAUGUACCACCAGGAUCAGUGCAGACUACAGACAGGGAGAGGACCAAGAGAGUGGUCUACUCCAUUAUGUAUGGUGUGGGGCCGGAGAAGCUUGCAACCUACCUGAAUGUCAGUGCUGCUGAGGCCAAAGGAUUUAUCUCUAGCUUUCUCCGUAGGUUUCCUGGAGUGAGCAGAUUCACCCACAAAUGCAUAGAGGAGUGCAAAGCUAAAGGUCAUGUACGGACUAUCCUGAAACGAUGGAGGCUGAUCCCAAACAUCAAGUCACCCAACUUUUUCCUCAAGUCUCAGGCUGAGAGACAGGCAGUGAACUUUGUUGUCCAAGGCUCUGCAGCAGACAUUUGCAAGUUGGCCAUGAUCCUUGUUGGGAAGCAGCUGGUGGAACGAGGCCUGAGGGCGAGGUUACUGAUACAACUGCACGAUGAACUUGUCUUUGAAGUUGCAGAUGAAGAAGUGGAUAGUGUCAGAGGGGUUGUCAAGGACAUCAUGCAGUCAGAUGACUUGCUGUGUGAUGGUAAAAUCAAGUUGCAGGUUCCACUCAGAGUGUCGAUCAGUGUUGGGAAGUCCUGGGGGAGGAUGACUGACUCAGAAUGAUGAUGCCUUGGAUGAGGGCCUGCAUGCCUUCUUCUGCAAGGUUAUAUAUAGUUAGCUUAUGUAUCAGGUCUGCUCUAGUUUAAGGUUGUCAAUAAAUUGUUUGUAAAUCGGAGUUGGUCGCUUUUCUUCGCAGCAUGUUAUUUGUUAUUCUGAAUUCAUCAUUCAGUGUUUUUUAUUGUUUACAUAAUAAUUGAGUUAGUCUACUGGUACCUUAAUUUUUCCAAAGCUCAGUAAGGUCUGACAACGAGCAUGCAGUUGCGUCUAUGUUCACAGCCAAUUGAGAUACCUGAAUCUAAAGUGGUGCAUACAAAUGUAGGUGUUGCUCGUCCUCCUGAAUUUACUGUUUGGCAUUGCCUUACUCCUGCAGGGCUUGAAAUUCAUUCUUGGGAAUAGGUGCACUGGUGCAUCCAAUCUAAAAAAUUGGGUGCACCAAAAAAUUUUGGCGAGCACCAUAUAAAAUGAAAUAGUAGAAGGUCAGCAAAAACUUAUUAUGUUUCAAUCCUAAAGAAACAUACUACAAUGAUUUUGUUAUUUUUCUGACACUUAGAAUAUGCUGUAUACAGUACUACUAUACAUUUAACAUCUUUACAUACGUUAAGCUACAAAAAUAUUUGGGUGCACCCGCCAAAAAAAAAAAAACAAGGAUGCACAGCUCCAAAUUUGGGUGCACUAAGGUGCACAUGCACCCAGUAUUUUGAGCCCUGUCCUGUAUUUACUGUAGUUGCGUUUUGCCAGGGCCCCCAUGCAGACCCUCAAGGGUUACAGUUUCUGUUACAGUGACAGUCCUGUGUCAGAUCUGUCUGGUUUAUUUUCAGCAUUUGGAAAUAGAAUAAAUGUGCUCCUCCCUCUGAUUGACAUUUUGACAUUUCACAUCUAAAGAAAACUACCUUUCAACAAGGGAAAAGGGCCAUUUUUGGAUUCAUCUAAGAAGACAAGCCGAUGUGCCAUACGUGACUUGAUUGUCAAUUCACAUGGUUCAUUAAAAGAACGUGGAAUGUAAGCACAGAUGUAAUAAGAGCUUUAUUUAUGAGUAACAUUAUGAGCAACAAUACAGGACAUAUACCUGUUACUACUUCUUCCUUCACAAAAUAGCUGUAGAAUGUUUUUCCUCGCAUGGGCAGACAAUCAUAUAGUUAAUACAUAUUAAUCAUCCAGCUGUUGAUGACACAGCCAACUUAUAAGGCAAAGAAUGAUGUUUUUUGUCACUUCAGUGCAUUUUCAGUAUACAUCAACCAUGUAUUUCAGUAAUGCUGCUCAGACAUUGUGGUUAAUGAAUAAAGCUACUGGGUUGUCAU